GCAACCCAAGCACAACCGAGUAUAAGCAGGUCACUUGCCUCCUCCAAGCCUUCAUUGUCCGUGCUGUUCAGUGCGGAGCCUUCAUUCCGUUUUCGAGGCCUGGAGUGUCUUUCAGGGCUAUGGCUUGUUGUCGCGAGCUGUUCAACUGAAGGAGUCGCAGUGUAAAUUAGAAGUGCGGUGAACGUAGGUUCUUAACCUAGCUGGUAGCGAUCUCCCAUUAUGACGUCGACGGGUACUCUGUGUAAUCUCGCGGGACCGGAAGGGCGUAAGAAGCGCGUCGCGUAUUUCUACGAUCCGGACGUGGGGAACUACUACUACGGCCAGGGCCACCCCAUGAAGCCGCACCGGAUCCGGAUGACGCACAGCCUGCUCAUGCACUACGGCCUGCACACCAAACUCGAGAUUUUCAAGCCGUUCCCCGCUCGCGAUAAGGACAUGUGCAGGUUUCACUCGGACGACUAUGUGGAGUUCCUCCGCACAGUGACCCCUGAGAACCAGCACGAGCAGCUGCGCAUGCUGAAGCGCUUCAACGUGGGCGAGGACUGCCCGGUCUUCGACGGGCUCUACCAGUUCUGCCAAACCUACACUGGAGGCUCGGUGGGAGGUGCAGUGAAGCUGAACCACGGGCACUCGGACAUCGCCAUCAACUGGGCGGGCGGGCUGCACCACGCCAAGAAGUGCGAGGCGUCGGGGUUCUGCUACGUCAAUGACAUCGUGCUCGCGAUCCUGGAGCUGCUCAAGUACCAUGCACGUGUGCUGUACAUCGACAUCGACAUCCACCACGGGGACGGGGUGGAGGAGGCCUUCUACACGACAGACCGAGUCAUGACGGUCUCGUUCCACAAGUUUGGGGACUACUUCCCAGGCACAGGCGAUCUGAGGGACACGGGGUACGGCAAGGGCAAGCACUAUUCGCUGAACGUGCCGCUGCACGACGGCAUUGACGACGACAGCUACCUCUCGCUCUUCAAGCCCCUCAUCUCCAAAGUCAUGGACGUCUUCCAGCCAGGCGCAGUCGUGCUGCAGUGUGGGGCGGAUUCGCUCUCAGGGGACCGCCUGGGGUGCUUCAAUCUGUCUGUGCGGGGCCACUCGGAGUGUGUGCGGUUUCUGCGGUCGUUCAACGUGCCGCUGCUGCUGCUGGGCGGAGGGGGGUACACCAUCCGCAAUGUGGCUCGCUGCUGGUGCUAUGAGACCGGAGUGGCAGUGGGACUAGAAUUGGAAGACCGAAUGCCCUUCAACGAUUAUUAUGAGUAUUUCGGCCCCGACUAUACUCUGCACAUCACUCCCAGCAACAUGGAGAAUCAGAACUCUAGGGCCUACCUUGACUCCGUGCGAACUCGUCUGCUGGAGAAUCUAUCCAAGCUUCAGCAUGCUCCCAGUGUGCCCUUCCACGCGCGUGCUCCUGACACACAACUACCCGACGAGGAGGAGGAGGAGGCCGACACCCGGCCUGACGACAGGGAAGCGGAUGGGGACGCGCCUGCAGUGCUUGAAGGACCAGCAGCAGUGAAAGAGGAAGGGAAGACGGGCAGCAAGGCAGCUGCAGCUGCCGGAACAGCAGGGGUAGGAGCAGCAGCAGCAGCAGCAGCAGGAGGAGGAGGAGGAGGAGGAGGAGGAGGAGUGACAGGAGGGGGCGGAACAGCCACAACAGAGGGGAAGAAACGACCCUUACCUGAAGUUUCAGGCCGCCCCCCUGCCUCUCGCCCCCCUGUAAAGGCCAAAGUGGAGGCUUCACUCAAAGCCGAGCCUGCCUCCAUACCUGCUCGACCUGCCGCACCUGCUGACAAGCAAAAAGAGGACUUGAUUCGUGGAAGCUCCUUGUCCAAUCGUCUCAUGACACCUGGUGAGGCAACCGCAACAACUGGGGGGGAGAAAGGGGGUGAAAAAGGCAGUGAGAAGGGGGCUGGUAGUGGCUUGUCACGCCAUGCAUCUCCAUACAGACAAGGAAACCUUGCUGACUAAUGCUUACCUCAAUUGUGUUAUGACACUGGAGAGUAUCUUGAAUCAUUGUCCCCAUUUGAUAGAAUUGUGACCAGGAAGUAACAGUUGUUUCUAGAGUUCAGGAGCUAUGUUGUAUACCAAACUUAUUUAU